ACUUUUUUCAGCAACUGCGUUCGGUUCAGAUUCUCGGCGGCGCUCCCUCGGUAGACCAAAACAAAAGUGCGAGUACGGGAAUCGGGCGUAUAUAUAGUAUAACCCUUACUGUGGAAAGAAGCGUAUUUUGCGUAAAAAAAAACAAAGCUAUAACAAUGACGAAGCAAUCAAGGCUUGCCUAAAAAACUUUCGCAACGCCACUACACGGUAAAGAAGAAGAAGCAGCACGAGCGAAGAGAGGCAAUGACGUAGAGAACACACCAAACCAGAUUUUCACCUAGCUCAAAAGCUUAGUGCCAAGUUCAGUGCCAAGCACCCAAAAGAGAAAGAAGAGCGAGCGAGCGAAAGCUUGAGAUUGGACGUGGAGCUUUUCGCAAAGGCACCUAAAAACGCGGAGACGAGAAAUAAAUAAUGAGAAACGAAACAUCAGCCAGUGAAACAACACCGCUGCGGCGGCCGGAGACCGAAUCACCCGAUAACGUGGCCCAAAACAACCGACAGACAACCGUUAACUUGGUUAACAGCAACAGUAGCAACCACAAUAACAACAAUAACUACGGGGAUUCGGUGGAGGUGCGUUUGCAAGAGGGAGACAGCACACAUCAGCAACAACAACAAGAACUUCCUGCCACCAUGGAUACCAAUAAACGAAUUCUUUGCCGCGUGGGCUUGGAUGUUUUAAUAUUGCUUUGUGCUGGCUUUCCCAUACUGCUCUUCUUCCUGCUCGGCGAUCCCUACAAGCGGGGGUUCUUCUGCGACGACGAGAGUCUGAAGCACCCGUUUCACGACUCCACGGUCCGGAAUUGGAUGCUGUACUUCAUUGGAGCGGUGAUUCCAGUUGGCGUGAUCGUCGCCGUAGAGGUGAUAAUUUCCCAGAACAAGGCCAAGCAGGACAACGGCAAUGCCACCAGCCGGAGGUACGUCUUCAUGAACUACGACCUGCCCGACUGGCUGAUCGAGUGCUACAAGAAGGUCGGCAUCUACGCAUUCGGCGCGGUGGUCAGCCAGUUGACCACGGACAUAGCCAAGUACUCCAUCGGCCGGCUGCGUCCCCAUUUCAUCGCGGUGUGCCAGCCCCAGAUGCCGGACGGCACCACCUGCGACGAUGCCAGCAACCUGGGCAAGUACAUCAUGGACUUCAAGUGCAAGGGAGAGGGCUCGUCGGCGCGCAUGCUCAAAGAAAUGCGCCUCUCCUUCCCCAGCGGCCACUCCAGCUUCACCUUCUUCGCCAUGGUCUAUCUGGCGCUCUACCUGCAGGCACGCAUGACCUGGCGUGGCUCCAAGCUGCUGCGUCACCUUCUCCAGUUCUUGUUCAUCAUGGUGGCCUGGUACACGGCUCUUUCCCGAGUGUCCGACUACAAACACCAUUGGUCCGACGUGCUGGCAGGAUCGCUCAUUGGCUCCAUCUGCGCCUUGGUGGUGGCCAACUACGUCUCUGACUUGUUUCAAAAGGACAACAAAAAGCCCUACUUGGCGCGAACAGUGCAAGACAUGAAUGCACCACCGGCGCAGGGAAUUACGAUUACCACAAACUAACCCGGAGGAGGAGUGCUCCAUGGUUACCACAAGCUCCACAAUUUAUAGUCGAAGCUGGAACCUUCAGCUGAGAAUUCUUUCUGAUUUCUUGAUCGAGACAAUGAAGCAAAGCUUCGCGUGACUCAUUUUAAUUUAUUCCUGUACUUGCAUUUUAUGAGCUCUGUUUGAGUUUGUGUGCGUGUUAGUUGCAAGUGCACUUAAGUGUCUUUCUUAGUUCUAAGCUAGAGCAAUUGAGCGAUGUCUUUAGGAUGUCAAUUAGUGUAUUAUAUACUACGAUUUUAAGGUGACGUUACUAUUUCCGCAAAAUAAGUGACCUUCGAAACAGAGAUGCACAAAAGAGAAUGGCAGCAAUAAGUAUUAUGUAGCUUAAGGAUAAGCCUUGGAUACGAAGAGAUAUUUAAUUACUUUUUAAGAAGACCAUUAAAUACAAAUUCAAAUUGUAUCAGAA